AUCGUCGGUGUUUGACCUUCCUCUUGCUGCCGUUAAGUAUGACAUGACUUACGGGCACUGUUCGCGGUGAUAUUCUUCCCGAUAGGACUGCAAAAUGCAAAUGUUUAUCUCAUAAAUGGUGUCGCCGUGCAGGUUAAACCAAGGGAACAAUGGUGAAAUAUUUAUGCUGUGCAGGUCUGCUAAAAAGCACCUGGGACCAAGUUUGUGUCGCUUUCUGGCAGCGAUAUCCCAACCCUUACAGUAACCAUGUCUUGACUGAGGAUAUCAUUUUCCGAGAGGUUACCCCAACCAACUGCCUCAUUUCCAGACGUCUUUUGACCAAAACUAGCCGUGCCCCUCGCUGGAUGGAGCGCUACCUUCCAAAGCACAUGGCCAGCUCAGCGUACAUCAUUGAGGACUCCAUUGUGGACCCUCAGAAAAGGACCAUGACCACGCUCACAUGGAACAUCAGCCACGCUCGCCUAAUGUCCGUGGAAGAGCGGUGUCACUACAGAAUUAAUCCUGAGAAUGGCAGCUGGACUGAGAUUAAGAGAGAAGCUUGGAUCUCUUCCAAUGUCUACGGGCUCUCCAGAGCUAUUCAGGAAUUUGGGCUCGCAAGGUUCAAGACCAGUGUGACAAAGACCAUGAAAGGCUUUGAGUAUGUGCUUGCCAAAAUGCAAGGUGAAACUCCAUCGAGGACCUUAGCAGAGACCGCCACAGAGAAGGCAAGAGAGACAGCGCUGGCUGCUAAAGAGAAAGCCAAAGACCUCGCCUCACAUGCCCAGAAGAAACAGUAUGUGUGACAAGCUACACAAAUAACUCAUUCUGCAGCAGAACUCAAGAAUUUCAGUCAUGGGUAGACACCUCUGUGAGGACACAUCCAACUGGAAUGGUGGGCGGACCAUAAAAGAACUGAGCGGGGUUAAAUAGCCUGUUCCUGCUUCCCUCUUCAUGCCGCUCUAGGUAUAUCGUCGACACCACAUCACCUCAGUAUUUAUCAGAGACACAGAUCUUAGACAGUAAUGGUUGGUUAUUGCUGUCUGUGCCAUAAAAUGAUUGUGAAGCUGUUGUUCGCCCUUUGUUCCACCCUCUUGCCCAUCAAGUGUUUUUUUUACUGCUCCUUUUAGUAUGCCUUGACUCCCAACAACACACAUAGUGUAUAGCUUCUUGUCCAGUAGCUAAGAGCACUUCAAAUUUGUGAUUAAGGCAUUCUUGUUUGAUUUGUUUCAAGUGUUUUUGUUUUUUUUUUCUUCUUUUUUUAAAAUAUCUUGCAUACAAUCCUGCUGUUUGUUGCUUCAUUUCACUUUACACUUGAACUGCACUACUGAGGCUGAUCAUCUCAUUGCUUCAAGUGAAGUUGGUGUUAUGGCUCAAGAAGAAAUGAUCUCUGAAAACUUGAAUUGUGAUUGUGCAUGAAAAGGUGCAGAGGAUACCUUGAAUUGUACGUUCAGCUUAGGCCUUGUGAUAAAAACCCAUGCAAAAAUGUAUUCUUCCUUUAUCAGUUUGUCAAUAAAUUGACUUUUCCUUUCCAGUCUCAA